GCUGGCUGUGAGGUGAAAGGUUGUUGCUGUCGUCAAAUCCUCUCUGAGGACUGGACUCUGGAGGCAGAGCAGGACAUAUUUGGAAAAGCAGACGAUAGGCAUAAACAAUGGCGGGCCCAGAGCAGUCCAAGCAGCAGCAGGUAGAGGAGAAAGCUGAGCACAUAGACGACGCUGAGCUCGCUCUUCAAGGUAUCAACAUGCUUCUCAACAACGGAUUCAGGGAGAGCGACGAGCUUUUCAGAAAAUACAGGACUCACAGUCCACUGAUGAGCUUUGGGGCCAGUUUUGUCAGCUUCCUGAAUGCCAUGAUGACCUUUGAGGAGGAGAAGAUGCAGACGGCGUGUGACGACCUGAGGACCACGGAGAAGCUGUGUGAGAGUGACAACGUUGGGGUCAUAGAGACAAUCAGGAACAAGAUCAAGAAGAGUUUGGAGUCCCAGAGGUCAGGGGUCGUGGUUGUGGACCGCCUGCAGCGACAGAUCAUUGUGGCCGACUGCCAGGUCUACCUCGCUGUGCUCUCCUUCAUCAAACAGGAGCUCUCAUCGUACAUAAAAGGAGGCUGGAUACUCCGUAAAGCCUGGAAGAUGUACAAUAAGUGCCACAGUGACAUCAGUCAGCUGCAGGAGACCUGUGUGAGGCGCUGUUCCUCCCAUGAGGAGGACCUGUCCUCAGACCAGGCCAACCACAACACCCCAGUGGAGGGUGCUGUGACUGCAGAGGCCCUGGACCGACUCAAGGGCUCCGUCAGCUUCGGCUACGGCCUCUUCCAUCUCUGCAUCUCCAUGGUACCACCACACCUGCUCAAGAUCAUCAACCUGCUGGGUUUCCCGGGCGAUCGUCUCCAGGGUCUGUCCUCCCUCAUGUAUGCCAGUGAGAGUAAGGACAUGAAGGCCCCGCUAGCUACAUUGGCCCUCCUGUGGUACCACACAGUAGUGCUGCCUUUCUUUGCUCUGGAUGGUUCUGACACUCAGGCAGGCCUGGAGGAGGCCAAGGCCAUUCUCCAGAGGAAGGCUGUGGUCUACCCCAAUUCCUCCCUCUUCAUGUUCUUUAAAGGACGGGUUCAGAGGUUAGAGUGCCAAAUUAACAGUGCUCUGGUGUCCUUCCAUGAUGCACUAGAGCUGGCAUCAGACCAAAGAGAGAUCCAGCACGUGUGUCUCUAUGAAAUCGGCUGGUGCAGUAUGAUCGAGAUGAACUUUGAGGAUGCGUUUAGGUCGUUUGAGAGGCUGAAGAAUGAGUCCCGGUGGUCACAGUGUUACUAUGCCUACCUGACUGGAGUAUGUCAGGGAGCUGCAGGGGACUUAGAUGGUGCUAAGGAUGUCUUCAAAGAUGUCCAGAAACUGUUCAAGAGGAAGAACAACCAGAUUGAGCAGUUUGCCCUCAAGCGGGCAGAGAGACUGAGGAAGAUGCCUCCCACCAGAGAGCUGUGCAUUCUGGGGGUCAUAGAGGUGCUGUACCUGUGGAAGGCUCUGCCCAACUGCUCCUCCUCCAAACUGCAGCUCAUGAAUCAGUUGUUACAGAGUGUGGAUGACACAUCGUGCAGAGGUCUGAAAAACCUCCUUCUCGGUUCCAUCCACAAAUGUCAUGGAAAUAAUAAAGAUGCCAUCCAGUCGUUCCAGCUGGCUGCCAGAGAUGAGUUUGGUCGACAAACCAACUCUUAUGUGCAGCCAUACUCCUGCUAUGAGCUUGGAUGUGUCCUGCUUGCCCAGCCAGAGACGGUGGGAAAAGGGAGAGCAUUUCUGCUUCAGGCAAAGGAGGAUUAUGCAGGCUAUGACUUUGAGAACAGGCUUCACGUGCGCAUCCACUCAGCCAUGGCCUCGCUGAAGGAAGUGGUACCCCAAUGACCCCGCCCACCACUGGAGGAAUAAUGAUGAGGCAACGACUCCGUCUCCAGCUGUGAACUUGAUGAUAUGGGAAGCAUGGCUUUUACUAUUCAAAACCACAGUAUGACACUCAUCAGACAAAAUUGUUUUUUCACCCUUUUUUUGAUUGAUGUUUUACACAUCCAAAUACAAUAAACCAACAAUUUCAUAGUCAAUACCAUUUUCUUCUUAAUCUAGUGGAGGGUUUUAGCCCUGAAAACCUUCCUUCCAUUCUUUGGACCAUACAUAAUGGUACAUAGGAUACAGGUAACUUCUUGAAGAGGCACACCUUAUUCUCAUUGUCAGGUUUUCUUGACCACAUGUAGUAACAGUACAGUUAAACAGUAAGUAACCCUGUCUUUUGUGUUCUUGUCAUGUUCUUGGGAAGACAUGUACAAGAGAUGUUCGAUUACAACCCAUAAUCAAGUGGUCAAAUGGUUAUUUGCCGAUUGUUUGUCUUUGUGUUUGCCUCAUGUGACAAGGCAAGACGAAGGUUCUUGAUUGUAUUAGUUGUCGCUGCUGUAGUACCCUCUUAUUGACCAAUAUCCAUACAAUUAUCGCCUCUGGUUUUUCAGAAAUGUGUCCUAGAUUAAAUGGCCCUACUUUGCUUGUCUUGAUGCCAACAAACAUAGAUCAUUUUUCUGCAAUGAGAAAGUAUUAGUGAAGUUUUAUGGUGACAACAACCCCCUAAAUGAUGGGACAAGAACUUAGUGGCCUGCUACCUUGUAGUAUUGUAUUACGCAGCGUGCCAUACAGAGUGUACUAUACCAUGCAGUGAAAACUUGUAAUAUUAGUGUCAGGUACCUUGAAUUCUGAAUAGUAUGAAAUUGCUUUUACAUUCUGACAUUCACAUAUUAGCUUACAAAUAACAUGCACUUCUAAAAUGUUUUGUGACAUUUUUGCACAAUGCAAUAUCCAGACAAUGUUAUAGAGUAUUUAUUUUAGUUUACAAGCAGUGGGCAUUGAUCUGCACACUAUGCAUGCAAUGGCAGGGGUAUUAUUAGUGACCCAAGGACCUAAAAUAUCCUUUUCUACAGAUGUGUACUAUGAAUUUUUCCUGAGAUACUUUGGAUGACAACAGAACACAUUUAUAUUAAUAUUUACUCUGGUUUUUAACAAAAUCCAACAAGGUCCUUAUUAACUACAGGCAUUGUAAUAAUCAUGGUAGGUUUUAGGUUACUGUACAAACUGGACAUUAAAGCUUCAUAUUCUGUCAUUUUAGUUUGAUCAGGCUUUUUUAUCAGGCCACACUGAUGAUGAGUGAAACAUUCAAGACAGUCACAAACUAAAUUGAAAGUGCAGGGUAUUGUAUCACUGUUUUUAUAAUCACUCUGAGGUAUGGUCUCCAAGCAAUAAAAAGCAAGCAAGAAGAGUGCUCAUUUUACACUGGAAGUUUGAUUAGCUGUCACAAACUUAAAAAAAAAAAAUUUUGUCCCACUUCAAAUGAAUAACAAAUGCUUAACUACUUGUACAAGCACUACAUAGCACAAAUCUUUCAUUAGCAAAUUCAUACUACAUGAAGGGUGAUAUAAACGGUCUUUAAUUCAUACUACAUGAAGGGUGAUAUAAACAGUCUUUAAUUCAUACUACAUGAAGGGUGAUAUAAACGGUAUUUAAUUCAUACUACAUGAAGGGUGAUAUAAACGGUAUUUAAUUCAUACUACAUGAAGGGGGAUAUAAACGGUAUUUAAUUCAUACUACAUGAAGGGUGAUAUAAAUGGGCUUUAAUUCAUACUACAUUAAUUUUUAAACAUUUUAAAUGUACCUUUAUUUAGCUAGGCAAGUAAGUUAAGAACAAAUUCUUAUUUACAAUGACGGCCAUUGUGCGCCGCCCAAUGGGACUCCCCAAUCAUGUGAAGGGUGAUAUAAACAGUGAUAUAAACAUCUUGUGCGUGCUAAAUUGAGAAUAACUCUUUUCCACCCUUCAUAAAAAAGGGCAUAUUCUUAUGAAUGAUUUCUGAAGAAUCUAUAUAGAUAGGCCUUAGGGUAAACGUCUUGUGAAAGCUUCAAUAUGCUGUGUUUCAUUUAAAGUGGGACUCUUUUUCAUGUUCAAGGAUGGGUGUGAACACUUUUUUUUAAAUCUACACUGAAGUCAGUCAGUGACCUCCCAUCUUCUCCUGUGAUUGUGUAAAGGGAUGUAAGAUUUGGUGUGAUGUAAAGGUGUUGACUACUGAGUGUGAUGGUAUAAAGUAAGUCCACAGCUGUAAGAGCAAAGUAUCUUAUAAUGACAUGUAAUGAUAUGAGUUAAAUGUCAUUUUAUGUAUACCAACAAAUAAAAACGGGACAUUUCUGUCUUAGAAAUAUGCUCUAUCCACUUCGUUGUGAGGUUGUAGAGGAUGAUGUGGUGAUUGUUCAAUUGUAACAGGGUGGUCCUGUGUGGUGUCUAAAGAGAUCUACAAACUGUUCAAUAAAGGAUUGUCAAUUAA